AUGCAUCAUAAACAUUGUUGCAAUCCAUUUAUUUACAACAUAUGUUUCGAGAAGUGCCAUCGGUGGGCAACUCUGAACUGCUUCCGUAACAUAGCCCGGCAUGACCAAAGUUUUGAGGAUUUAAUUGACGUGAAGGAAUGUGGCACAGUUAGUGCAGAAUUUGCGCCAUGUAUUCAGAAAGAGAUUGCUGAUCAGAUAUUCUAUGAUUGCUGUAAAUUAUACGUUGAAUCGAAGUGCCAUGAACUGUGCCAAUAUGAAACAAACCGUGACGUGGCGCAAUCACUUUUACUGGAGACAUUCCAUAAGAAGAAAUGUUCCUUGGAUAGCAUAUCUUCUAUACUAUAUUGUGCAUCCCAAAAUCGAGACAAUCGGUUAUGUUGCAAACAGUUUGGUCUAACAUCGCCAAAAUCUGGUAUUAGUCGGAGAUGUCUGCAAAUGUGCGAUCCGUACCGUUUAAACAUUCUUACUCUACGAAAAGAUUAUUUUGUCUGUCUAAGUAACUGGGAUAUUAUCAUGUAUUGUCAUCACGGUGGACUCAGGUACUAG